UGGCCAAUUAGAGAAACUUGGAUGUGUACAGAAGGGGAGAGGAAGGAAGGAACGACAAGAAGCCCGGCGAUGAGCAGCUCCAAUAUAAUUAACGUGUCCCUUCAAACCCCUCUGUAAUAAAAAAAUUCAGACUCCCAAAAUACAAAAUACAAUAUUCAAUUCUCCAGAAAUCUGAAUUAGGAGUAAGGAAAAUAGAGAACCCUAAUCUCAAUUCACUCCCACUAUUUUUUUUUUAUUUUUUUUUCGUUUGAAAAUUCAGGCAAAUUUUGUGUCUUCUCCGGAGUCUAGUUCGUACGUAGGUCUGGCAAGAAAAGCAGACGAGAGGCCUGGCAUAUAAGCAUAUUUUCAGUUGCUUAGGAGUUUGGAAAGUAGGGAGAUAAGGAAGCAAGUCUGCUGGAAAUUCGGGAGUCAGAUAAGAGAGUUCUGAGCAAGUACACAGGCUUUGGUUUGCUUUUGAAAGCACUGCAAAAAGCUUUGUACGAAGCCACCCCUCGUUCCUCUCUUCUUCUGAAUCCCUCUCUGUUACAGAACGUGAUAUAUCAAGCAGAAGAAAAAACCCUCUCUCUCCCUUUCUCUAUAUACAUCUGUUAUAUGUAUAUGUCACUAUAGAAAAAGCAAGUUUUCUGCGCAAUCGUCAUCAAUGCAAUGAACACCAUCUCAUCCCACACCCACUACUCAACUGCUCACCCACAGUUUUUUCUUAAAAAACCCUUGUUCUAGAAAUUUAGAUUCCAUUUAAAUUUUGGAACCCUCUUUCGCUUUCUCUCAGUAAACGCUUUUUGGGGGUGAAUAAGGAAGAAGAGAGCUUAAAGGGGUUUGUGAAAAGGUAUGAGAGUGGUGGCAUGGAGGCGGAUGAUAUUCAAAAUCAUGGGUGUAAGUAUCCAAGAAUCAGCAAUGGAAAUAGAAGGAUUGAGUCAACUAAAAUAGGGCAGAAAGGAGAUGACUCGCAGUACCCAGAUGAAGAAGAUGGAGAGACCAGAAGGGGCAGGGCUAACGGCAGUGGCGGAGUUGGUAGCGGUAUCGAUCUUGGUAGGUUUAAUGGCUGGCCUUCUUCCCGGAUAGUUCGGGUUUCGAGAGCAUCUGGUGGAAAAGAUAGGCACAGCAAAGUUCUCACUUCAAAGGGGUUAAGAGACCGGCGCGUGAGACUCUCGGUGAACACGGCGAUUCAAUUCUACGAUUUGCAGGACCGUCUCGGCUGCGAUCAGCCAAGCAAGGCGGUGGAGUGGCUGCUGAUGGCUGCUGCCAGCUCUAUCGAGAAGCUCCCUUCCAUUAGUACUGCAUUUCCGGAUACUCCUAAGCAGCCGAGCGACGAGAAGAGGUCUAGCUCCUGUGGUAAUGAUCAACAUGGUUUUGAUUCAGAUGAAGUAGACAUGGAUUGCGAUGGCGGCGGUGGGGGUAAUCCUCCAGAGAUGGCUUCGAUGUUAUCCAAAUCUGGCUCCAGCAAGGGUUCCGGGCUAUCCCUUUCCAGAUCUGAAAACAGGAUCAAAGCCCGGGAGCGUGCAAAGGAAAGAGUUGCAGAGAAAGAGAAGGAGAAGGAGAACGAGUCUCCUCAUGUUGAACAUUUGAACCCUCUUUCCCAUACCACUUCUUUCACUGAACUCCUCAAUGUUGGCAUGAAUAAUGCCAAUAACAACACCAAUCUUAAUGCCUCAGUUCACCAAAAUACCACUUCAAAUGAGUCAAACUAUUUCCAGAAAUCGCCCAGGCAAUGGUCAUCAACGCCAAUGGAUUACUUUACCAGCGGACUUUUAGGGCCAUUGGCAACUCGUCCAGGGCAAAUUCACUCAGGAGAUCCUCUAUCGCAGCGGGCUUGUUCACCGCUGUUUACUGUAUCCGGGGUUCAUGAACCGGAGCUCCAGCAUAUCUCGUUUGUCCCGGAACCAUUUGUUUCGGCUAUUACUGUGCACAACAACAAUAAUCACAAUGGUGCUGACGAGUACAAUCUGAAGCACAAUCUGAACUUCACAAUUUCAUCUUCGGCUGCUUCUUCAAGCCUUGCUGGCUUCAACAGGGGGACCCUUCAGUCCAAUUCUUCCUCGCCUUCACUUUUGCCUCACCUCCAGAGGUUUCCUCCCAUCGAUGGAUCUCCAAAUUUCUUUAUUGGCACCACCAACGCACCGGUGGAGAACUACCACCAGUUCCUUUCUGGUUUCGAUGCCCGACUGCAGCUUUGCUAUGGUGAUGGUGGCACUGGCAGGCAUUCCCAGAAGGGGAAAAGAAAAAACUGAGUUCAUUCAAUAUCCUUUUCCUCUCCAUCCCAUCUUCAGUUCAGGAAUUGAAGUUGGGAAGUUCCAUGAGUACUACUCGACAGUAAAUUUGCGUUAAUUAACGGAUAGUCCGGAGCAAGGCCUACUUCCCUACCUCCGGCCAUCGAGUAAUUGCCGUUUUCUCUUAAUUUUCGGAUAGUUCAACUGGCGUCACAUAUUUAUGUUUGCUAAUUGAUAUGGGGUGCCAGGUAGUGUGUGUUUUUUUAUCUGUAGUUGAAUGAUUCUCUGAUUCUGUUUUGAAAUUGUUGAUACCAUUGUUGGAAAAAAUCAUCCUUUUUAACCAUAAAAUCCUUUUCCCGUUUAA